AUAGCCGUGGUGAAAUCUCGGAGUGAAUCCUAUUGGCAAGGGUUGUUUGCCAAACUAGUGCGGUGCUUUGACGGAGUUCAAGAGACCGGGACUUAGUGGAUUCGGAAAUCCUUGAGGAGGAGCCUCGAGGAUUAUCUCCGGAAGAUAAAAGAAAGUUAUCAAUGAAUGCAAAGGCAAUCAACAUCCUCCAUUGCUCCCUUGGACCCGAUGAGUUUGCACAUGCGUGCUCGUGCAAAACGGCCAAGAAGGUAUGGGAUUUGCUUCAAGCCACGCAUGAAGGCAACACCUCCACGAAGCAAACCAUGUUGGCCCUCGGAAACUCGGAGUACGAAAGUUUCAAAAUUGGCCAACAUGAGUCAAUCCAAGAUGCCAAUAGAAGGUUCAAUGAAAUAAUCAACAAGUUGGGUAAGUUGGGUAAGGAAUAUUCUACAAGUGAACUAAAUACUAAAAUUUUACUUUCUUUGCCAAAAGAAUGGCAUAGUAGUAUUGUAGAUCUUUUACCCAAAUGUGCAACUGAAAGCACUGCCCACAUUUGGUCUUCUUUGUAUUCUCACGAGCUUUUGAUGAUUAAGAUGAAAGAAGAAUAUCUGAUAGAAGACCCAAAACGAACCAAUGCGUUCAAGGCAUCCAGGGAUGAGUCUAGUGAUGACUCAAGUGACUCAAAUGAUGAGUCAAGUGAGACGGAUGAAACAUCCGAGGACUCUAAUUCGUCAAGUGAUGAAGAAGACGAAGAAAGAGUAACGAGGAAGAAAUAAAAAAGCUUUCUCCAAUGGAAAUUUUUUUGAAGACUCAAGACGGAGAAAAUCAAAAGAGAAAGAAGUAUAUUCAAAGCCGAAGAAAGAGCGGCAUAAGCCAAGGGACUACAAGCUAUGGGCGGAGUUUUGACAAAUAUUAAAGAAGGAAUUAAAAAAAUUUGGGGGGCUCGUCUUAUUUCGAGAUCCUGGAAAAUGUUCUGUAAGUCUAAGGGUAAAAAAAAAUAAGUUUUGCCAGAGAUAUCAACAUUAGAUGGAAUAGUACUUACAAAUUGAUUGCACAGAUCCUAAGAUAUAAAGAGGAACUUGCUGAAUUUUUUAGGGAUGAACUUCGUAUAAUCAUUAAUCCUUUUGAAUUUGUUAUUGUUGAAAAAUUGAAUGCCGUAUUAGAAGUUUUUAAUAACGCAACUCUUACUUUUUCCCAUGUUUACCAACCAACUACAAAUACAUUUUUUAAAGAGUGCAUUACAAUCGCAACAUGUUUUCGUGAAAGUAUGGCUGAUCCAGAUUUGUACCCUUAUGUCUCUCCUAUGAGAGAUAAAUGGUGUACUUAUUAUUUGUACAUUCCUGAUAUUUAUAAAAUAGGUAUUAUUUGUGAUCCACGAUUUAAGAUUGAAAAUUUUAAAAUUCUAAUUGAGUAUUACUACAGUUGUUUUUUAGAUAAAAAUAGUUAUUACUACAGCUAUUUAGUAGAAUGGAAAAAUGAAAGAGAUAAUGCUAUAACUCUUUUUGAGGAUUUGUUUAAGGAAUAUCAAGGGUUAUACGGUACU